CUUCUAAUUUUCUUGCAGCACCCCAGCACAACACAAAUUACUACUAGUUCACUCAAAUUUUCCCUCUCUCCUUUCCCCCCUUUCAAACCCAAAUCUCUCUCUCUCUCUCUCUCUCUCUCUCUCUCUCUCUCUCUCUCUCUCUCUCUAUAUUUACAAACCCCUAAAUUUUAUCCUACAUAUAUGUAUAUCAAAAGGAUUGACUUGGGGUUUCGUUGCGGGAGCUGCUGCUGAAUUAUUUGGGGGUUUCGAUUUAUAUCUGCCUUGCAGGGCUCUUGGGUGUUUUCUACUCCUACAUUUUUUUGGUCAGGCUUUUGGGAAGGUCAAGUUUACCCUAGAGAAUCGCAUCUUGAGUAAUUAUUUGAAUUAAGGAAGGUGCUAAACAUUUCUUUGCUUAACAAGCUUCCAAGAUGCAAACCAAAAAAAAGGUCCCUACUAGGACUUCUGCUCGAGAGGUUGUCAGUCCGAAGGUUUCAAGGCAUCAGAAGAAGGCAUCUGAAAAUGUUCAGGUUCAAGAAAGAAAAGCAAAUGAGCUGAUAACCUCUUCUGCAAGAAAGCAAAGAGUUCCAAAGAAAAGUGUGGAACAUGUUAGCAGAAAAAAAUUGGAUUCUAGAUGCAACUCUGGUGACGAUGACGUUGAGCUUAUGCGGAGAGAUGUUGAUCAUGCUAAUAAUAACACGACUGAAAAUCCUGAAGUCUGUGAUGAUGGAGGUGCUUAUUGUAUGACGGGUACCAUAUUUUCUCCGCCCUUUCACAAUUCUAAACAUGGUGGAGGGGACCUUCUCACUGGAGCUGAUUUUUUAAAAUAUUUUAAGACCGACGACCAGAAAGUUGUGGACUCUGCAGAGGAGAACAUACAACUCGAUUUGUUGAACAGCGAUAAUGUCAUGCAAGAUUUAGGAGGCAGCGUGUUGAUGUCUGAAGUGUCAACAACUUAUCAUUCAGAGAAAAGCUCGAAGUUGGAAUGUGUAGAUGAGUACAGUCAAAAUAGUAUAUCAACAGAUGUUCAGAUGGAGGAUGAUGAAUAUGAAGACUUUGAUGAAUUUGAUCCCUACUUCUUCAUAAAAAACUUGCCAGAUUUGGCUUCAGUUGUUCCAACCUUUCGACCUAUGCUGCUACCUAAACAGACUCGAAGUUGUCCCUCAACAACUCUUGUCCUGGACUUGGAUGAGACCUUGGUGCACUCUACCCUCGAACCUUGUGAGGAUGCAGAUUUUAAAUUCUCUGUCAAGUUUAAUCUCAUGGAGCAUACAGUCUUUGUUCGUUGUCGUCCCUACCUGCAGGAAUUUCUGGAGAGGGUAUCGGGUCUUUUUGAGAUUAUAAUAUUUACUGCAAGCCAAGGUGUUUAUGCGGACCAGCUACUAAAUGUACUCGAUCCAAAAAGAAAAAUAUUUCGCCAUAGAGUUUUCCGUGAAUCUUGUGUUUUUGUUGAGGGAAAUUAUCUUAAAGACCUGUCUGUUCUUGGCCGAGAUUUAGCGCGUGUUAUAAUGAUUGACAACUCUCCCCAGGCAUUUGGCUUCCAGGUGGAUAAUGGAAUCCCGAUAGAGAGCUGGUUUGAUGAUCGCUCAGACAAAGAACUCGUCCAGUUACUUCCCUUUCUGGAGAGCCUAGUAGGAGUUGAAGAUGUCCGGCCUCUGAUUGCUGAACGGUUUAACCUUCGACAAAGAAUAGCUGCAGCCAUGUGUCCCUUUACCUCAAGCAUAGGGGAGGAUCCUCUUGAAAGGUGAAUGUGUGCCAUGUUUAGUUUGGCUUUAUUUUCUAUUUUUACAUUUCCUUGUAGUGUUCUCAACUUGCAUAUUUCCGAAUGUUCUUUAAGUUAAAACAGUUGGAUGAUGACUAUAACAUUUCAUACUUCCAUUCUCAAAGUUUUCAGGAAGUCUCAUACAUUUUAUCAAACCUUUGGUUAAGGAGACAAAUUUUUCCUUAAUAAGAUAUUAACAUUAAAGGUUGGUUUA